UCAACAGAAAGACUAAGUCAGAGAAAAACACUGAGGAUACUGCAUUGUUGAAAUUGUUAAAGACGGAACACCCUCCAUCUGCAAUACAAUCUUAAAAUUCAGGAUGUUGUAGUUGCCGAUAUAGAUAUUUCCUGAAUGGAUUUGAUGUCUUUAUAGAGGAAGGUGCAGUAAUCUGAGCAGCGUAGUCAGGUAUUUGCAUAUUUGUGCAGUCAGUGCAUCUAUAUCAUUACAGCCUCAUUUUUCAAAAUGAUGGACAACUGGAUUAAUACCUCAAACUGACUGGAAUUGACUCCCAACCAUGCAUACAGGUGAUAAUGACAUGCCCAAACUGACCCCUUGACUUGACCUCUGAUAGGUCAGGGCUCAGAUUGGAAUACCCCCAAAAAUACAGACCAGUCCAAACCCCUCAACAUGUCUUUCCCGGAACACUUCACGUCCCCCUUACCCCCCAGACCAGAAGCCAAACCCCGGCCCCCGAUCUCUAGAAAACCCCCUUCCUCCAACGGAGCCCCCUCCACCCCCUCCCAGCUCGGAGAGAUGGGCAGCACAGCCCACAAUUCGGGGGGGAAAGUCAACAGCAUUGUGAGUAAGUUCAGCCACCCAGAGACUAYACCAACCACCAGUGGAGAUGCUACACUAACCACCAAUCCAACUCUCCGUACCCGGGUGCCCAGGAGGGCCCCCACAGUCAAACCCAAACCGACCCGGCCCUCCGUCCAGCAGUCUGAGGGUCYAGACCAGGCUCCUCCACUGCCCAUGAAUAGGAGCCGGAUCCUGCGGCAGGCCAAAAGAGAGACCCCUGGAGGAGAGGAGGGAAAUGGCAUCACAGUCAGUCGAUCAGCACCUGGCGGAAAGGAGGAAGAGCGAAAGCUGAUUGGAGGAGUGGAAGCAGAGGCGGAGCACAGUUCAGACACGCCCCUUAACCCAUGCUUCGACUGGGAAUGCAGCUGUGCUUGCCACAUCCACAUGCCCGGCAUGAAGCUGGUAUGGGUGCCCAUCGAUGAGGACGAGGAAGAAGAUGAAAAGGAGGAGGAGAUUAAGUUGGAGGCGGAAACGGAGGAGGAAGAGAGUGGAGGGGAGGGGACCUCCUUGGCUAUAAAACACCCCCCCAUCCCCCCUAAACAAACCCAAACUUUCCCAAGCCAUUUUAAAGUUUCCGUAGAGGAGGARGAGUCUAUAUAUGAAACUACUCUACUAAUGGUGGAUCCAACACCUAGAAAGAUCUGUCAGGAACUGGACAUUCCCCUUAUCAAGGUUCAGAAACCUGUCCAUUGGUCAAAACUGUCCUCCAGCAACUCGGAGGACAACACUUCGGUCCAGUCCGAUUYGGACCCAUCCCAAACCCAGACUACUGAGGAUGCCCCCGUGGCUAUUCCACCUCGGGUACCUCUCGCCCAGGACAAGUCCAAAACACCCGGCCACAACCUCAUGCCCAUUCCCAGGGGGGGUAUCGCCUUGCCCCAGCCCACCGCGGAGGAGUGGCGCUCCCUGCGCCCCUCACCCCCCAAUCCUUCCGCCAGUCCCAUAGUWCUCCACCGGGCGGGCUACAGCGUCCCCCCACCUCAGCCCCCCAAGACAGGCAUCUCCGUCCAUUCCAUCAAGCAAGCUAUAAAAGAAGAAGAGGAGGAUGGAAGUGCUGAAGGAGAGGAGGAGGACACAGAAGAAGACAGGAGAGGAUACUUUAUUGGCUGGGAGUCCAGACAGCUGGAUGUGCCUCUGUACCAGACGUACCGUGCUACCGUCAUCCACAAGGAGAUCCGGCGCCAGACGGURUGCCGCAACAUCAGCAAGACCAGCGCUGACUACCACAUGGACUGGACCGCACGCCGGGGUGGAGUGGGCAUGGGGUCGGGCGGCUUGGGGGCGGUGGGCAAUGGCAAUGGGGCACCCAGUGCUACUAUUCCGUUGCCCACCCCCGGCCAGAGCACCCUAUGGCAGGACCUACCAGAAGUACGGAAAAGUGGGGUGCUGGAGACCCUCAGCCUGCAACAGUGCAAGUACCAGGAGAGUAUGUUUGAGGUGUUGACAUCUGAAGCGUCGUACGUGCGUUCCCUACGCGUUCUCAAUGAACACUUCCUGGAAUCCCGGGAGCUGGAGGAGGUGCUGAUCAUCCGGGACAGGAAGACUCUCUUCUCCAAUGUCCUGCGAGUCCUGGAGGUCAGCGAGAGUUUUCUGAUGGCCCUGGAGAAGCGUAAGGAAGAGAGUCUGGUGUUCUCCGACAUCUGUGACAUCAUCCAUUUCCAUGCUCAGCACAACUUCCCUGUCUACAUCGACUACAUCCGCAACCAAAUCUACCAGGAUAAGACUUACACCUCCCUCAUGAAAACCAAUGUKGACUUUGCCACGGUCAUCACCCGUCUGCAGGAGUCUCCUCAGUGUCAGAGGCUGCCAUUCAUGUCCUUCCUGCUGCUGCCCUUCCAGCGAAUCACACGCAUCAAGAUACUCAUCGAGAACAUCCUGAAGAGAACAAAUGAAGGGACGAAAGAAGAGCAGACUGCCUCCAACGCCUUGGACUCUGUUUCUAAGAUCAUAGAGGAGUGCAACACCCAGGUGGGAAAGAUGAAACAGGUGGAAGAGCUGAUCCACCUCUCCAAGACGCUGGAGUUUGACAAGCUCAAGGCCAUCCCCAUCAUUUCCCAAACCCGUGUCUUGGAGAAGCGUGGGGAGUUACAGGAGAUGGCCAAAGGAAACACCCUUUUCAACCUGGGUCACAAGUUCACCCCCGUCUACCUCUUCCUCUUCAACGACCUGCUCAUCAUCGCCACCAAGAAGGGUUCAGAGCGUUUCGUGGUGUUGGACCACGCCCACCGCACCCUGGUCCAGGUUGAGCCAAUAGGAGACGACCAGGUCUCCAACCCUAGCUAUGAACACUGCUUCUGUCUGACUCUACUGGAGAACCACCAGGGACGCAUGAUGGAGAGACUGAUGAAGGCCCCUUCACAGUCUGACCUGCACCGGUGGAUAGCAGCGUUCCCUGACCCCAUGAAACCUGAUGGGGACAAGGAGGAGGUUGUCUAUGAGGACUGGGACUGUCCUCAGGUGCAGUGUGUGGAGCAGUAUGUUGCUCAGCAGGCUGAUGAGCUCAACCUAGAAGCCACUGAGAUCAUCAACGUGGUGCGCAAGACCAACGAGGGUUGGUACGAGGGGAUCCGUCUCUCCAACGGACAGAAGGGUUGGUUUCCUGUGGAGAACGCUGUAGAGAUCACCAACGAGCAUGUGCGGCGGCGGAACCUUCGAGAACGCUAUCGGGUCAUUCAGGCCGCCAGCAUCGUCACCAACACCAAGGCCAAGACUACYCCGUAAUGUUGAUGGAACAUCAGGAGAACAUUGACAGAGACUCCGCAGAAUGUCAGUCGAACGUUUACAUAACGUCACUAGAACGUUGCUGGAACAUUAAACUGGAUAGGGGAGAGUGAACCAGUGCUUGCCAUGCAUGCUCCCCUGAAGAACUCUUAGCUGGAGACAUAAGGAGCUUUUGGAGGAGCUCUAUCUUAUCAAAUUGUUUGAUUGGCAUGUUUUGUUUUGUUCAAAUUAUUAAUUUGUGAAGUUAUGGGAUAGUGUUUUUUUACGGAACUUUUAAGAACCAGGAAAUGAUAUGUAGUUUGCCUAAUGUUGAGAGAGCGAGAGAGAGAGCGAGAGCGAGAGAGUGUGUGUGCGUGUGAUAGUGUGUGUGUAUGAACCUGCACCUAACCCCACACUGCCAAAGGAAAGCCCCCAUUGAAAAGUGCCCCUGCGACAAUAUGUGAGUCAGGUAUACCAUGGCAGCAGGUAGCCUAGUGGUUAGAGCGUUGGGACAGCAACCGAAAAGUCACUGGAUCAAUACCUGAGCCAAAGUCUUUCAAUGUGCCCUUGAGCGUGCCAUUUAACCCUAAUUUGCUCCGGGAGCAUCGUACUACUAUGGCUAACCCUGUAAAACACAUUUCACUGAACCUAUCUGGUGUAUGUGACAAUACAAAACAACAUAUAUCAUCAGGUUGGUGGCUAAAAUUGUCUUCAUUAUGUAACACACUGCCAACAGACAAUAAUUAGCCUACAGUAGUCAUCACAGGAAUGCAUUGACAGCCUAUAAUACUCACAAACACACAGUUAGUCACAUACUCCAGUUAACACCAACAUACCUGAGGUACGGGCAGACUAGGAGAACCGGCACAGUAUUUUCCCUCAGAAAUAAGUACACCUAUUUUUUACAGAUGUGGUAUUUGUUUGUGUGUGUGUGUGCAUGUCCUACUGUUGCGGUUUCUUAAUCACUACAGGGUUGAAUACAUUUGACCGUCAUUUUUGGACACAAAAAAGUAACAACUAAGUCAUGUACAUAAUGUUGUAAACCACAAAACCUUGUCUGUGAUUAUUUUACUGSUAGAGUCGCAAUAUUGGUAACAUAGAGCUGAAACAUCUAGUUGAGUCCUACUCUAGUAUUAUGAUACCAUAUGUGUAUUAAUUCUACAGCAGGCUUCAUAGGUGUAAACUCUGUGGUAAUUGCUCCACCUGAUAGAUUUGCUUAAUUAAAAAAACAAUUUUUUUAGUUAAGCAGGCAUAAAUGGAACUCAAUUCCCCUUUUAUGUAUUUUUUCUCUCUAUGCGUAUUCUGACCGUGAACUUAAGCAUGAGAAUAGCAUGAUAUUCACCUGCUACUUGUUUGGGGUAGACAUCAACGAAAUGAAGGUGUGGCGGAGGUAUGUUUACAGAUACGCAGUAUUCUGACUUAGACUUAAUUCCACCACCUUUACGUGCAAGGAAAGGUCGAGCAAACCUUUCGGUUCCAAGUGGGAAAAGCAUCUACUUCAUUUUUCUGAUAGAAAUAACAGCAUUCAUUUUUCUGAUAGAAAUAACAGCAUUCUCCAUGCACAUGACGUAUUGUGGCCCCUUUUCCGCAGUGAAGUAGGUUAUAAAGAGCUGUGCCAUUAUUCAGAAUGUUAAUUGUAUGCCCUCAUAAUGUGUGUGGAUGAAAUGGAGACCCAAGCUAUAGGCUUCUGUACGGCAAACUUGUGAAUGUUUUAGUUAUAUGCCAGAGCUUUUCUCCAUUUURUUUUCCAAAUUGUAYCMUGUUAAAUAUUAGCCACUAUCGGGAGACACCCGUCAGUACAUCCAUAUACAUCUGUCACUUUAGUGUUAGUUUCCUUCUAUUUGUAACCUAUUGAUUCGUUCCAUUCCAUUUACCAUUCAUUCCUCGGUUAUGUCCAUGUAGUUGUUCCUGAGGGUUGCURGCAUUAGUGGAUCAUAUAGACCCUUUUCCCCCCCGGAUGCACGCGACUCUUGGCGGCAGUAAGAAAGCCAUCACCAUCUGCGCCCAUUCAUCAUAGCCUAGAUUUAAGGUUGWAUUACUUCUAAACAAAAUAUAAGUUCUCAUAUGCUUACAAUGAUGUUUUGAUUCUUGCUUGAACAGUAGCUAGGAUUAUAUUUGGGUUGUGAGCUUUGCAAAAUAACUAUUUUGGAUGCAGCGGUUGUUAGCUAGAAUGCUAAYGCUCAUUGUUAUAGGCUGUUGCAAAAAUAUAGCCAAAGAACCAUUUUACUGGUUGAAGUUGGCCCAGCAACCUUUUUGUUACUGGCCCAACUCUCCUACCCGCCAGGCUACCUGCCKCCCCAUUAAACAUAUUCAKUGUGUGCAAGGUAGACACACACCUGUAGAGCACAUUACGCUCCUGCAUUAGGUAAAUCUGAAUAACAACUACCAGGGUGCAAAUUGCAGGGGCCCAGCUCCCCUGAAUGAGACAUUAGCUCCCCUAAAUGCAAGUCAAACUUGGGGAGGUCUCUAAAUAAUGCUAAUUUCACCAUUCUUCUGUUUGUUUAAAAUGUAGUGCUAAAUAUGUUUUACAGUGCUAAAUAUAACAAAUUAAAGCUUCCAUAUGAAACAAA